ACUUCCGUGUUUGUGUUUUUAUCUGCAAUUGCACUUGCACCUAUCUUCAGUCGCAUUGUCGGUUCACGGCCGGUUGUUGUCGCGCGCCGAACGCUGCGGCCCGAGCUUUUCGACAUAAAAGCUUUUAUUCAUAAUUCAUGAAGUGCGAUAAAAUUAUAAAUUAAAUCAGUGUCUAAAUGAAAUAAGCUGACAUUGUAUGUAUUUACAUUUGUGCGCGGUCGGUUUCGAUUUUACAUAGGGAUCAAUGAAGUGAACUCCCGUGUGUGUAAACAAGAACAAGAGUGGAUAUUUAUAGAGUGCUUGAGUGUAAGCUGGAGUUUGUAACGUUUCUAGAUAUGUGUAUUAAUUAGUGCAAUGGAGUACAUUAUAGCGGUCCUGGCGGUGGCGGCGGGGGUGUUCGCGGCCCACCCAGGCACGCAACCGCGCCCGGGUAUACCAGGCGAGGAGUUAUCAUUCCCCUCGCUCGGCACCGAGGACGGCGUCACCUCAUGCGCGGCGGGCCAGUUCCUCUGCCGCGACGGCUCCCGCUGCGUGCCCGCUGCGUGGCGCUGCGACGCGCGCGACCACUGCCCCGACGGCUCGGAUGAGAUACACUGCGUUCCUCUGCCGCGACGGUCCCGCUGCGUGCCCGCUGCGUGGCGCUGCGACGCGCGCGACCACUGCCCCGACGGCUCGGACGAGAUACACUGCGAGCACCUAACACCUAUCGCCACGAAGACCAUCUCCAAAGGAUCGUCGGGCUGCAGCCCGGGCCAGUUCAAAUGCAGCAGCGGCCGCUGCAUACCGGCCGCGUGGCGGUGCGACGGCGACGCGGACUGCGGGAAGCGGGACAACUCCGAUGAAAACCCUUUCAUGUGUCAGAAGGAGUUCAAAUGCCCAAACAACACAGCGCUGUGCGCGAUACCCAUAUUCGGGAUAUUCGAAUGCGUCCCUAUCCGGACAUUCUGCGAUGGUGUACCCGACUGCCGGGACCGUUCUGACGAGUGGAAGAUCUGUAACAACUUCACAACAGACCAGUGCGGCCCUCUAAACUGCGCGGAGGGCUGUAAACCUACUCACGAAGGGCUUAGGUGCUACUGUCAGGAUGGAUAUCAACCUGUCAACGGGAAAUGCGAAGAUUUCGACGAAUGCCAACUAGAGGCGACAUGUCCACAAUGGUGUCGGAACACUCCCGGCUCUUAUACAUGUCUCUGCGCUCCCGGGUACAAGAUGUUCAACAGCUCUUGUGUUGCUGUCAAUGAUCCGCCGGACGAGCCAGUAUCCUUACUAGUGAUAACCCAGAAGGGUAUAUCCCGAAUUUGGCCCGACGACAACGCUCCGCCUAAGAAGGAGAACCUCACGCUUUCGGCGCUACAAGUUAAGGCUAUGGACUUUGACUAUUCAAACAGAUCUUUCUGCUACGUGCACCACAACCUCAGCCGCUCUGGCAUAAUGUGCGUAUCUGUAGAUGACUUCUCUAAGAAAUGGCACCGCAAUCCACCGACGCUGUUCCCUUCUGUUGACUCGGUAAACUUCAUGGCGUUGGAUUGGGUAUCGGGGGCCUGGUACCUUGUCGACGGAGCGGCGGGCGCCAUGUUCGUGUGCUCGCGCGACCUGGCGCACUGCCGCCUGCUGCAGGACUCCUUGGCUAAGCUGCGCGGGCUCGCCAUCGACCCCACGCCGCCUGCCAACAAUGAUAACCAGCCUCAUGGAUUCAUAUUCUGGUCCGUGUGGGGCGGUUCACCGGCGCGCGUGGUCCGCACUGAACUUUGGGGCGGAGCGCCUAUGGACCUCGCUUCAUCUCGUGUAGUAUACCCUACGGCUUUGACGAUAGACUUGACUAACAAGUGGCUCUACUGGGUCGACGCUUAUAUGGACAGCGUCGAGAGAAGCGACUACUAUGGAGGGAAUAGGGUCACUGUAUACCGCUCUUAUGAGUCCGAACGCGUAUCCCUAAUCUCAAACUUCGAAGCCUUCCUCUACUUACCCCAAUGGGACAACCAGACCAUACUGAUGACGUCACGCUACGCACGCACACACGCGCGCACGCGGACACGCACACAGAAGAACAUACCUGUGUCGUCACGGGUGACCGCUGCGUUGGUGUUCCAUAGGCAGAGACAGCCAGUUGUUUCCCACCCGUGCGCGGUCAACAAUGGCGGUUGCACGCACAUAUGCGUCACAGCCUGGCGCGGUACAACACCGCGGGCGCACUGCCUGUGUCGUCAUGGUUACAAGACGUCGCACACCCAUCCGCACCAGCCGCCCGUCUGUCACAGAGUAGAUGCAGACCAGUACCUGCUAGUAGCGCGAGGUUCCCCUCCCAUAGUGCAGGCCAUAGUCACCCAGCACCCGCAGUGGGAGGCCGCCGCGCCCGCCGCCGCCGCCCGGCCUACGGCGGCCGAUGUAUACCUGGCCACAGAGUAUAUGUACUUCUCUGAUGUACACAGAUACGAGAUAGUCCGACAGAAACUAGAUGGCACCGGCCGAGAAGUUUUUAUAGAAGAAGACGUUGACAACUGUGAGGGACUUGCCAUUGAUUGGAUGGGCAAGAACUUAUAUUGGACGGACGACGCCCUCGGUCAAAUAUCUGUGGCGCGUCUAUCUAACAGGAAACAACGGAAGGUGCUCAUAAAGGAACCGCACUACCACCCUAGGAGCAUUGUCUUAGAUCCACGAAGAGGCGUAAUGUACUGGUCCGUCUGGGCCAGCUCAUCUACUCCGAAAGGCAGUAUAGAGACGGCCGCCAUGGACGGAUCCGGGCGACGCGUACUAGUCUCCGACGAUCUCCACUGGCCGAAUGGUCUGGUCAUUCAGUCGGACGAACAGAUGCUUUACUGGUGCGAUACAUUCUUGAACAAGAUUGAAAGCCUAGAUCUGGCUACGAACAAGCGAACGACGAUCGUCGCAGCUCCAACUGUCAACGUGCAGAAACCAUAUGGACUUGCACUGAUUGACGGUGAUAUAAUUUGGAGCGAGCAUGGCACCGGUAACAUCCGGCGCUUGGGCGCCGACGGCCAACCUAGCCCCAACACCAAUGGCACCAUAUUGAGGCACCUGCCACCGCCCUUGUAUGACAUACGGCGCAUCGCUGCAGCGGACAGAUUAGGCCGCAACACAUGCACGGAGAAGAACGGCGGCUGCUCGGAACUCUGUCUAGCCACGCCCACCGGACACACAUGUGCGUGUGCCACCGGCCGCGCACCAAUAGCGGAGCGCCCCGCGCAGUGCGGCUCGGGCGCCGCCCCCGCGCCCGCCUGCGAGCAGGGCAAGUUCCACUGCGGCCGCGGACGCUGCAUCGACGAGCUGUACGUUUGCGACGGUGACGCUGACUGCCCUGAUGGCUCCGAUGAAGACAGCUCUCCUACUGGACCGUGUGCAAACAGGACAUGUACUGACGCUCAGAACUUUAAAUGCGACUCUAACCGUUGCAUUCCGAAGACUUGGAUCUGCGAUGGACAAAGAGAUUGUCUCGACGGCUCUGACGAGUCGGAGUCGGCCUGCGCCGAGCACGUGUGCGGCCCCGACCAGUUCCUCUGCGCGUCCUCGCGGCGCUGCAUCCCGGCCGCGUGGAGGUGCGACGGCGCGCCCGACUGCGGCGCCAACGACCGCUCCGACGAGGCCGACUGUAGAGCUACAGAAAACGCAGAAUGCCACCCGCUAAUGUUCCGCUGUCCAAACGGCGGCUGUGUGCCCUGGGAAUACUAUUGCGACGGACGGGCAGAUUGCGCCGACGGCGGCGACGAGCAGCGUUGCCGCGGCGUCACACCUACAAGGGAUGAAGAAGUUGCGAACAAGAACAGCGUGUGUGAAGAACACGAGUUUCAAUGUGCAAAUAAGGAAUGUAUAAGAAAGGAAUUUCGCUGCGAUUAUCAUCCGGACUGCCUCGACAGCUCCGACGAAUCGAACUGCGAGCAACACCGAGCUACCACCCCCGCCCCCACUACCCCUGCGCCUGAUGAGUGUGUGGCACCUGCGUUGAAGUGUGACAAUGAUACCCGCUGCGUACCGUUACUACAGCUGUGUGAUGGAAGCUAUGAUUGUGCUGAUGGGUCGGAUGAAGCUGAUCGAUGCGGCGAGCCUAUGUGCAUCGCAGCAGCAUGCACACAUGAGUGUCACCCUACACCUAGCGGAGCCGUGUGCGCGUGCCCAGCGUCCCUACAUUUGCAGCGCGACGGCGCUACUUGCUCUGAGCGACACAUCUGCCACGACUGGGGCGUGUGCAGCCAGUCCUGCCAGCCGCAGAAGAAUCGCCACAAAUGCACUUGCUACGAGGGUUACAAGCUGGCUGAUGACGGCUUCACGUGUAAAAGCAUAGAAAAAGCCACACCUCUCCUAGUAUUCAGCAACCGCCACGAAGUUCGCGCAGUGGAACUGCCUUCUUUAACCUCUAGAGCGCUCAUCUCUUCUCUCAAAAACACGGUGGCCCUGGACUGGAAGAGAACGGGAGACCAAGUCACAUUAUACUGGACUGAUGUGGUCGAUGAUCAUAUAUACUCCGGCACGGUGCAAGGAAUAGCUCUGAGCGAUAUCAAAGUGGUGAUCGAGCAAGGCGUGUCCACGGCAGAGGGGCUAGCUGUCGACUGGGUGGCCAACAACCUGUACUGGGUCGAAGGCACGCUCCGACAGAUCGAGGUGGCGCGUUUGGACGGCCGGUAUCGCCGCACUCUCGUGUCGGGUGAUAUGGAGAGCCCGCGGGCUAUCGCACUUGAUCCUAAACUUGGUUACCUAUUCUGGAGCGAUUGGGAGCAGUCAGCUCCGCGCAUAGAGCGUUGCAGCAUGGCCGGCAGAAACCGCACGGUAGUGGUGCAAGUCGACGAGAUAGCCGACGGCGCGUGGCCUAAUGGCAUCACGUUAGAUCAUGUCGCCACUAGGCUGUAUUGGAUCGACGCCAAAUCGGACUCAAUCCACACAACGCUGUACGAUGGAACUGGCUAUCAACUGGUCCUGCGUGGACACGCGAUGCUAUCCCACCCGUUUGCAGUCACGCUCUUUGAGUCACACGUCUAUUGGACCGAUUGGAGAAGCAACAGUGUGAUGCGCGCUAACAAAUGGAAUGGAAGUGAUGUGCAAGUUGUGCAGAGGACUAUGAUGCAGCCUUUUGAUAUCAAGGUGAUCCACCCAAGUCGCCAACCAGCCCUACCUUCCAACCCCUGCUCCGUCAACAAUGGUAACUGCACACACCUGUGUCUCAUUGACGGACCGAAUGUGCGCGUGUGUGCGUGCCCACACGUUAUGCGAUUGGCGAAAGACAACGUUACUUGUGAGGUGCAUGAAAAAGUAGUGGUCAUCGGCAGAGCAGGCUCCAUUCGCGGUUUGGACCUUGACGCGCCGUCGCAACCCGUCAUUCCUGCUGUAUGGGGCGCGCAACUGGCCGCACCACGAGCCUUAGCAGCGCUAACUUCACAACGGUUACUGUACUGGAGCGAUGCUGAGACGAACGAGAUAAAACGGACCCGCCUCACCGGCGGCACAGCUGAAACCGUAGUAGAAGCGGCCGGCGUCGGAGGUGCCCUGGCUUUGGACUGGGCCGCUAAAGUUCUGUACUACGUCGCGCAAGGCCAACUGUGGGCCGCGGGCCCGCUCGGCGAAAGGGCUUCUCCGCUCUGCGCUGUUGCUAAUGUGACUUCCAUCGCUGUUGACGUACAAAGGGGGAAAUUGUACUGGGCAGUGUCCAGCACAGGCGACGCAAUGGGUGCGAAGAUGGAAGCGGCCGCCAGCGACUGUAGCGAACGACGGAUUAUCAUUGACGCCACACGCGAUCCUUUACUGGCUGGAGUUCAUAGUUUGACGAUGGAGCCAAAGUCUGGAUGGUUGUACUGGGUCAAUCUCGCGUCUGCUUCCAUUCAGUACAUAGAUGUCAAAACUGGAGAAUUCUUUACCGUUGAAUUAGCAACGGGCGCGCGUCCUUUAGCCCUGGAUAUCCACUUCGAAAGGCUACUGUGGGCCGAUGGAGAUGGUCUUAAAGCCUGCAAGCUGCCCCGCGUGCGAAGCCAAGCUACUCAGAACUGCGUGGAUUCAGAAGUGCUCAGGGCUAACACUGACAACGUGCUAUCCCUCCGCGUAUACGACGCCGCAACGCAGAACUACACACAAGGCGCCUGCGCGCUCAGGACGCCAGCGUCAUCGUGCGCGCACCUCUGCCUACCUGUGUCGGAAACGCGCAGCCGCUGUGUGUGCGCAGCCGGGUAUAAUGCUAACGGGACGCAGUGCAUACCGGAAGAUGAAAUCUUGGUGUACUCGUUGAGCUGGGAGAUCCGAGCGCUAUCGCUCACGGCGCCUUCACGGACCGUUCUGCCGCCCAUCGCUCAGCCGGCGCUCUGCACCGCGCUAGACUAUCGUUCAGAUGGUGACUGGAUAUACUGGGCGGACUCUGAAAGCGGAGCAGUGGCGCGAGCUAGACGCGAUGGUACCGGGCGAGCGGCGUUGGUCUCUCAACCUGAACCGCUUGACGCUCAGCCAGUGGACUGGCUGUCUGGCCUCGCUGUAGACUGGGUAGCCGGCAACAUCUACUGGUCGGACCCCCGCCGCAACCUCGUGGAAGUCGCCCGAGCAAACGGCGACCACCGCUACGUUCUCAUCGACACUGACCCGCUUGCCGUUACAACAUUAUCAGUGGAUGCGAUUCGUGGUUGGCUCUUUCUAUCCGGUGGAGGUUGGAUCCAGCGCUCCAGGCUCGAUGGAUCGCAACGCGAGCUCCUCUACAAUGGCACUGCUGUUGCCGAUAUCGCUUUGGACUCUCAGAACGAGAUGGUAUACUGGGCGGACACAUUCGACGUCUCCCUCUGGCGUAUGCGCUACGACGGGCGCGCACGCGCGUGCGUCGCGCGCGGCGACCCGCUGCGCCACCCCGCCGCCGUGGCCGUGCACGGGGCGCGCCUGUACUGGAUAGACACCAUGUGGAAGCGAGGUUGCAUCCUGUCCGCGCCGCUUACUAAUAUCAGCGAUUACGAGGUGCUCCUGGAAAAUGCUGGGGACAGUCUUAAGGAUCUAUUCAUCUGGUCAAAAGCCUCCCAAACCCUACCAUCGCCAUCAUCCGGACUAGCUAUAAACCCUUGUAGUAAUAAUAACGGAGGUUGCGCGGAACUGUGUCUAUGGGACGGCGCCAGCGCGCAUUGCGCAUGCCCCCACGGCGAUGUUGCUGCUGACGGCAAGAACUGUACUCCGUACCAAUCGUUCUUGAUGUAUUCGCGAGUUACAAAAAUUGACAGCAUACAUUUACAAGAUGAAAAGGACUUAAACUCUCCAUAUCUACCGAUUCAAAACAAGGACUUGAUCAGGAUAGCGAUUAGCCUGGCUUACUGGUACGACGAACAGCGUCUGUUCUACUCGGAUAUCCAGCGCGGCGCUAUCGGCUCCGUACAUUUCAACGGCACGGACCACAAGACGCUUCUUACAAAAAUGGGAGCAGUAGAAGGCAUGGUAUUCGAAUCCCGCACCAAGACUCUAUACUGGACGUGCAACAGCGCAGCCGUGCGGCGCGUACACAUACCCUCGCUCGACGCUCGUGCCGACAACCAGUCGGCCCAGGAUCUAGUGCGCACUGUUAUACAACUAUCGCCAGGGGAUAGACCGAGAGGGAUAGACGUGGAUUCCUGCGAGUCACGUUUAUACUGGACAAACUGGAACGACACAAACCCUCGCAUCCAACGCGCCUACAGCAGCGGACACGAACUCGAGACCAUCAUCUCGAAAGACAUCCUCAUGCCCAACGGGCUGGCUAUAGAACAUUCUACGAGAAUGCUAUAUUGGGCCGAUGCGAGACUUGACAAGAUUGAAAGGUCGUUGCUAGAUGGAUCACAUAGACAUAUCGUAGUCCGUUCAGGGGCAGAGCACCCAUUCGACGUAGCAGCCUGCGAUGGCUACGUAUACUGGUCCGACUGGGUUGGUCGAGCUAUUCUAAGGGCGGACGCAAAAGGCGGUAACACGCGCGCGCUGCGUAAGGACUUACCGAGGCCUAUGGGGCUUGUGUGUGUUACUCCUACACAUCAAACUUGUUCCCCAGACCCCUGCGCGAUCCUCAACGGCGGCUGCGCAGAACUCUGCACCCUCUCCGCCGAAGGCGUCGUCUGCGCCUGCCGCCCCGGCCGGGAACUGAACCCCGACCGCAGCUCCUGCCGCCCCACCGCUACUCACUGCGAAGACGGCCAGUUCGCCUGCGCUGAGGGUCUCUGUAUACCUGAGGAACUAGUCUGUGAUGGAGUUAAUAAUUGUGGCUCGAGGGACGCUAGCGAUGAAGAUCUUUACUACUGCACUUCUCGGGUAUGUCCCGCCGACAUGACACCGUGCGGCGCCGGCGGACGCUGUAUACGUACGUCGUCUCUGUGUGACGGGUUUGACGAUUGUGAUGAUGGAUCAGACGAGCGCUCCUGCGAAUGUCCUGCCCAGCAAUAUAGAUGCGGCGACGGCAUGUGCAUCCCGGUGUCGUCCCGCUGCGACGGGCUCGUGGACUGCACGGACGGCUCCGACGAGGCGGGCUGCCCGCGCGCGGCGUGCGACGCGCUCGGGCCGGGCGCGGAGCCCUGCGGCGGCGGCGGCUGCUUCCUGCCCGAGUGGCGCUGCGACGGCGCGCACGACUGCCCCGACGGCAAGGACGAGGAGGGCUGCGAUACCGAACAGGACAGUACUACCCGUAGCUCCAUUCACUCCCUCGCGCCAUGCGACGGAGACCAGUUCACCUGCGGUAGCCCGGAGCGUGGCGACAUCGAGUGUAUACCUGUAACAUGGCGGUGUGACGGCGUGGUCGACUGUUCUGACGGCUCUGACGAGACUCUACAGUGCGGUCACAGGAACACAACGAAAUGCACAGCCGAUCAGUUUUCGUGCGGUGAUAAAUGUCUGCCGCUGAGCGCUCGCUGCGACGGCACCACAGAUUGCCCGCGCGGGGAAGAUGAAAUUGAUUGUUCCUGCGCGCCUACUGCCUUCCGCUGUGCCAGCGAUAAGAUCUGCCUGCACGAGGGCUUAUACUGCGACGGCGAUGUCGACUGCUCCGACGGGUCAGACGAGCCGCCCGGCUGCAGCCGCACCACCACCCCCGCGCCGCCCUCUCCCUGCACCGAGCCCGGCGCGCUCUACUGCUCGGGACGCUGUCUGCCCGCUGAGCUGGUGUGUGAUGGAAGAGACCACUGUGUGGACGGCGGGGGCGGCGGCGCCGGGAGCGAUGAGGACCCCUUCAUGUGCUCAUCAUACUCCCGCGCAACAGCCUCGGACGCAGCGUUAGGGGUCGCUUCGACCUCGCGCUCCGCCUGCGCGGCCGGCGAGUGGCAGUGCGCCAACCGCGCGUGCGUGCCGCGCGCCGCGCUAUGCGACGGACAGGACCAUUGUGGCGACUUUAGCGAUGAGAGGAGAUGCAACAUCAACGAAUGCUCGAUCCGCAACGGCGGCUGCUCUCAGAACUGCACCGACCUGCCCGUCGGCUACGCGUGCUGGUGCCGCGCCGGCUACCGCCGCGCCGGCCCGCAGUGCCGCGACGUCGACGAGUGCGCCGAGCAGGCCUGCGAGCACGCCUGCAGGAACACGAUUGGUAGCUUCCAUUGCAAGUGCGAGAAAGGCUACCGGCUUAUGGAGGACGGCCUCAGCUGUGCACCGAUCUCAAAUGAACCAGCUUCCCUAAUCUUCACAAACCGCUACUACAUCCGUCGGGUCACCCUCGACGAAUCCCACACUAGCUCUCUUCUCAUCCACGACCUCACUAACGCAGUGGCACUUGAUAUGGAAUGGGAGAAACGCUGCUUAUACUGGAGCGACGUUGCGAGACUUGGCAGCUCGAUCAAGAGGGCUUGUAGCGAGCCGGGGCAGAAUUCUUCGCGAUAUCAGCUCCUCCACGGCGCUACUCUCCAAAACCCCGACGGCCUAGCCGUCGACUGGGUGGCUGGCAACAUCUACUGGUGUGAUAAAGGCACUGACACACUUGAAGUGUCACGUACUGAUGGCGCACAUAGACGAGUGUUACUUAGGACUGGGCUGCAAGAACCUAGGGCAUUGGCGUUACAUCCUGCUAGGGGCACCAUCUACUGGUCCGACUGGGGCACCAACGCGCACAUAGGCCGCGCUGGCAUGGACGGCUCAUCACCUUCCAUCAUCAUCAGUGCAGGCUUAGGCUGGCCUAACGCUCUCGUCAUCGCCCAUGCGUCCAACGAACUAUACUUCGCUGACGCUAGAGAGGAUUACAUCGCUGUAGCUGAUCUGGACGGGAAACAUGUCAAAGUGCUAUUUUCUAGAGAUCGCAUGCCCUGGCUUCGCCUACAUCAUGUGUUCGCGUUGACUGUAUGGGAAGGUCGUAUUUACUGGAGCGAUUGGGAAACCAGGGCUAUAGAGAGUUGCCGCCGACGACCCAACCCACACUACAAACCCAACGCAACAGAAGACCCUAGUUCAGGCGGCGCGUAUGAAUGCAAGACUAUCGCUCACACGGUUCACAAACCUAUGGACUUAAGAGUGCACCACCCUGCAAGACAACCAGCGUCGCCAGAAUUGACGUCGCUGUGUGCUAAACUAAACUGCAGCGGCCUCUGCCUCCUCACGCCAGCGACUAAAGACAAGCCAGUCGGCGCACGCUGCGAAUGCCCCGAGCACUUUGUAUUGCAACCGGACGGCCGUAGCUGUGCACCGAACUGUACAAGCGCACACUUCGUCUGUAACACGACGCUCAAGUGCGUCCCGUUCUGGUGGCGCUGUGACACGCAGGAUGACUGCGGCGACGGAUCAGACGAACCAGAAUCCUGUCCAUCCUUCCGCUGUUCUCCGGGACAGUUCCAGUGCGGUAACGGCGGCCGUUGUCUCCAUCCCGCUCUAAUAUGCGACGCCACGCCGCACUGCGCUGACGGGAGUGACGAGAAAGACUGCGACACGUUCACCUGCCUAUCAUCUCAGUUCAAAUGCCAAGGCAACGUGACAGCGGGCAUAUCGGCCCGCUGCGUGUCGGGCGCGGCGCGCUGCGACGGCCAGCGCGACUGUCCCUCCGGCGACGACGAGCGGGACUGCCCGCCGCGCUCCUGCAAGCCUGACCACUUCAUGUGCGGGGACGGUUCCUGCGUGCCGGGCGUGUGGGUGUGCGACGCGGACGCGGACUGCUCCGACGGCUCGGACGAGGGCGCGCACUGCGCUGCGCGCGUGUGCCCCCCCAGACACUUCCGCUGCGCCUCCGGCCGCUGCAUCCCGCGCGACUGGCAGUGCGACGCCGAGGCGGACUGUCCCCUCCGCGAAGACGAAGCCGACUGCGGCACCGGCGCGCGCCCGGGCUGCGACGCCACCUACUUCCGCUGCGCCGACGGCCGCUGCAUCCCCGGCCGCUGGCGCUGCGACUUCGAGGACGACUGCGGCGACCUCAGUGAUGAGCUGCACUGCGAGCCUCGAAACUGCUCCGAAACAGAGUUCAGAUGUACCAACGGCGAAUGCAUACGCGGUUCCCUACGUUGCUCCGGGGCGGCGGAAUGUGCCGAUGGCUCCGACGAAACUGGGUGUGCACCUUUAUGUGCUGCCAGAGCUAGACCUUGCCGAAGACAGAAGGAUUGUGUGCUACGCGAAUGGUGGUGCGACGGGUCAGUGGACUGCGCGGACGGGUCGGACGAGGAGUCGUGCGCGGCGCCGCCGGCGCCUGCGUGCGGCGCGCGCCUCGCCUGCGCCGGCGCACCCUGCGCGCCCGCCGCCUGGCGCUGCGACGGUCGCCGGGACUGCGUGGCGGGGGGAGAUGAACAAGGGUGCGGGAAGCAUGCGUGCCAACCGCCUAUGUUCAGAUGCGGCAACGAUUCCUGUCUACCUUCUACUCUGCUCUGCGACGGCUACGUCGACUGCCCCGACGGUUCAGACGAAAACUCCAUGAUGUGCAGCAGACGUUCGUCAGAGUCGGUGUGCGAUGACGACGAGCGAAUGUGCGGCGACGGUCGCUGCGUACCCGCGAGCGCUGACUGUGCCACCGGCGAAGAGGGGCCGUGCACUUGGCGCUCGUGUUCGCAAGUGUGUAUCCCGAAACACGCACACAACUACACCUGCAAAUGCUUGGAGGGCUACAAACAUAGGCAAUUGCCGGAUAAUACUUGGACCUGCGAAGCCAUUGGUGAGAAAGCACAGGCGAUAGUAGCCGUGAACGGAUCUCUACGCGCUUGGGAGCUUACGAAGAGAGAAAAGGACUCUCGGGUGCUGUAUAUCGCGGGUGACGAAAGUACUGAAAUAACAUCAAUAACGACUGCCCUCGUUGGCAAUUCAUGGCUUGUGUGGUGGUCGGACACUUCUGGAAAAAUCUCAACUAUAGACGCCACAAACGCAUUGCAAGCUGAUAGCACCACCGUCGUGCGCCCGCCCGUUAAAGUUAUAGUUCAAGACACAGCUAUAAUCAGAGGUGUGACCUUUGAUUGGGUGUCUGGACGUCUGUACUACACGGCCGUUACUAAAGGUGGAGACGGCGAAGGAUAUUCGCGAGGCAGCUAUGGUGCCGUGUACGUGUGUGCUCCAGACGGUCGCAGACGCGUUACCCUCAUGCGACGCAAGAACGCUGAACCCGACGAUAUCCUCAUACAUAACGCCACCAGACAAAUAUUCUGGUCGGACCGCGGCGCCACCCCUGGCAUCAUGGCGGCCGGGCUCGACGGCGCGGCGCCGCGCUGGCUCGUCAAACGUCGCGUGCGCCGAGUGACAGCCCUAGCACUCUCCACCGACCGCCUGUACUUCGUCGACGCGUAUUAUGAUACGCUGGAGAGUGUGAAGUUAGAUGGGAGCGCUAGGGUUGUGUUGGCUACGUUCGCUAAGCGACCAGCUAACGCGCCGGUGGUACAUCUACCCAUUGAGACAGGCAACUCGACGUACAAGCCGUUCUCGAUCCCCACGGAGUCCUGCGCGCGGCUCGCCGCGUGGGAGGACUGGCUGUGGUGCGCCGCCCGGCGGGGCCUAGCGCGCCUGCCGCGCCGCGUCGCCGCCCCCGCGGUAGCCCCCAGGGCCUUGCUACCCGUGUCUGCCCUGGCUGUAGUGCAUCCACAACUUUGCAGAUCUACACCGGAUCCAUGUAUUCUGCCAAACGGGACCGGUGCGUGCCAUUCCAGCGCGCUGUGUGUACGGAGUGCAACCGCUGACUUCGCCUGUCUGUGUCCCGACGGACUUACUGCCAUCAACAUUACUUCGGAACCGAAGGAGCGCGAAUGCAUCAUCACCCCGGCCGCGACCGUGACGGAGGGCGCCUGCCCCCUCGACUGCGGCCCCGGCGCCUGCCGCCCGGGCCCCGCCGGCGCCCCGUACUGCCAGUGCGGGCCGCUCUACGGCGGCGCCAGGUGCCAGCACUACCGCUGCGGCGCGCAUUGCAACAGGCGGGGCAAGUGUGUCGUCGACAAGGACGGGACCACGCUCAGGUGCCAAUGCUUCUCCGGGUACACCGGCGACCGAUGUGAAACUGAGGUACUACCCGUCGUGUCGCCCUGCGCCACGUGGGAGUGCGACAACGGAGGGACCUGUCACGAGAUCAGAGGGCUACCGAGAUGCGCCUGUGAAUCUGGAUACAUAGGAUAUCACUGCGAACGCUGCGAUGGCGAUAUGAACGGAUUCUGUGCGCCCGGCAACGUGUGUGAACAGACCGCCACUGGACCUAAGUGCAGGCCCUAUAUGUGCCAGGGACUCUGCCAGAAUCAGGGCACCUGCAUAGUAUCGCCCUACGGUCGCGUGUCCUGCGCAUGCCCGUCCGAAUGGUCCGGCGCGCGCUGCGAGCGGCGCGCGUGCGUGGACGCGGCGUGCGCGACGCACGGCGCGCAUGGCGCUAAUGAUGUGCAGGAUCGACUCAAGUUUGGAAAUGAUGACCACGACUACAAGCCUCAUGGAAAACAAUUCAAGUUACCAUACUGCAGUCACGGCGACUGCGAGAACGGAGGUCGCUGCAUCGCCACUUCAGCGGGCAUGCGGUGCGAAUGCAAAGGAGCUUAUGGAGGCCCCUUCUGUGGACACUAUGUGGGCCACGGUCACGCGUGUACUACUGCCAACUGCAGGCCACCGUCGCUCUGUGUGUGGACUCCUGUCGACGAUCCAAUGCUCCCAGGGCAAGCGUACUGCGCCUGCAUAGAGGGCGCCAGCUGCACUCCGCCCCGCGACCGCAAUAUAGCAGAAGCCGCGCCCACAAGUUCCGGUGGCGCCUGGGCCGGGGCGGGAGUGGCUAUACUGCUGUUGCUGGCUGUUGUUGGAGCGGCUAUAUACGUUCUACAUAGGAGGAGACAUGGAGCGUUCGUGCACGCCCGACUAGCUGACAACGUUGAGAUCAACAACCCGAUGUAUUUGGCGGACGACGAGCCGCCGAGGAGAGAUCUGCUACCGCCACCUAGAGAGAACGGCGGCAACCACUUCGCCAACCCCGUGUACGAGAGUAUGUACGCGCCGAGCGUUCCACAACCCGAGGAGCAAAACUUACUCGCCGAAGCCUCCGACAGCUCGCCCGCUGAGCGCGCCGCACUCUUGUAAGAAGUCUGGAAAAUGGCAGUAGUUAAUACUUUAUUCAGUUUAUAUUACUUGUCUACAGAGAUGGAGAAUGGUAAACACUUCGACAACAGUUCACACCUCGAACACUGGCGAUCAAAUAUAUGAAAGAGGCGCGUUCUUAGCACACAGUCUAAGCUCGUGUAACGCGUACUAUGUGUGUAUGAGUGAAAUAUGACAGGUCGACUGUUCGAGUUUUUGACAGGCUUUAACUGUGAGGUAACCGAGAGGUAGGCGGCACUUUCAGCGGGGAGCGGGAGUGGCCAUACUGUACAAUAGUACUCUUUAUGACAGUGACAGUGUUUACUAUAGUCUGUAUCUUUAUGUGUUUAAAAAAGUAGAAGCAAAAUCAACCCUCAAAAGGCUCCUUAUGCCAGUUGGGGGUAAAUUAAAACAAUACACGACUGAAUAUGAAAGAUAAAGACAGGUUGCUCAGUGACAGAUCCGCUUGGUUUUUGUAAUUGGUUGGUUAACCGACAACUUUUGUAACUACCCGAAAAUUUACAGAUUAUUUG